CUGACCUUCAGGCUGCACAGACAGGGCUCUGGACCAGGGUGAUAGUGUGUGUGUGCAUGUGUGUGGAGACAGGUAUACGUUUUGUUUAAGCUUUAAUGGCUGGUGUGGAACUACUUUGACUCAUAUAGGAAGUAGAUCUUUUGUGUGUGAGUGAGUGUGAGGUCAGUGUCAAAAAGUUGCCUUGUGCUUGUGAGUAGAAGAGCAUCACUUCUGGUUUCUGCUGCCUGACUGACACACAGUCUGCUGCUCAGUCUGCUGGGUGACUGAUGACCUUCAGCUGGAGCUGGUGGAGACAGGCUGCACAGACUAGGGCUCUGGACCAGGGUGAUAGUGUGUGUGUGUGUGUGUGCAUGUGUGUGGAGAUAGAUAUAAGUUUUGUUUAAGCAUUAAUGACUGUGGGCGAAACUACUUUGACUCAUAGGAAGUAGAUCUUUUGUGCGAGUGUGAGAUCAGUUUCAAAAAGUUGCCUUGUGCUUUAGUUAGAAUGGGGAUAGCAGAGCUGUAAGGGUGGAAGGAAGGAGCAUGCUGAAACCGUUGCUCUACGAGUACGAGAGUUAAGAAAGCUGAGGCGAAAGGCAAGGACAGGCUGAACAGACAGGGCUCUGGACCAGGGUGAUAGUGUGUGUGUGUGAGUCAGUGUUUAAGCAUUAAUGACUGGUGUGAAGCUACUUUGACUCAUAGGAAGUAGAUCUUCUGUGUUUUUGUGUGAGUGAGUGAGAUCAGUUUCAAAAGUUGCCUUGUGCUUUAGUUAGAAUGGGGACAGUAGAGCUGUAAAGGUGGAAAGAAUGAGCCUGCUGAAACGUGGUAGCAAAAGCAGCUACAACCCUUACUCUACGAGUACGAGAGUUAAGAAAGAUGAGGCCAAAGGCAAGGACAGGCUGGACAUACUGCCAAACAAGCACAGCAUAUGGCUUAAGCAGCUGUCCAUCCUUCAGGAGCAGCCUCGGAAAGAUGCAGGCGAUGCCACCCUCUCGUCUUCGCCCUCGUCCUCCUACUCCUCGUCUUCAACUCUGACCCCGACCUCCGCCGGGCACUUGGACCCGUCCCUGUCCUGCCCGGGCACCCCCAGCCCUCAACACUGCAAGCUGGCGGGGAUGCAAGGAGUGGGCUGCCCAUCUCCUGUGGGCACCCUGAAGAGACCGACUGCCCUCAGCAGACACGCCAGCGCUGCAGGUUUCCCGCUGCAGUCGUGGGUGUUCACUAAAGGCCAUGGAAAAGGGGCCUUGACCCCGACUACCCCGACUGACGUUCAGGAGAGCACGGCCAUCGAGGUUGAGGACAUCCCGGCCCUGCUGAGGGACGUGGCGCGCUUCGCAGAGGCUGUGGAGAAACUGAAGGAUGUCGUGCUGGCUGAAGGUAAGAAGGAGAAUCAGCGGCCCGUGGCUCACGAGUGUUUGGGGGAGGUCCUACGGGUGCUGCGUCAGGUCAUCAACACCUACCCUCUGCUCAACACCGUGGAGAUCCUCACUGCUGCCGGCAAGCUCAUAUCCAAGGUCAAAGGUUUCCACUAUGAGGCUUGUAAUGAGGCCGAUAAAAAGGACUUUGAGAAGGCGAUUGAAACCAUUGCAGUUGCUUUUAGCAGCAAUGUGUCUGAACUGCUGAUGGGAGAGGUGGACAGCAGCACGUUGCUCUCUCUGCUGCCCACUGAGAGGAGCAGGUCGAUGGAGAACUUGUAUGCUGCCACAGGUCAGGGAGCAGACGGGGGACAGUUAAGGAGCGACCUGCAGGACAUGGGCAGAGCUGAGGAAGUGAAUGUGAUCCUCCAGGACAGCGAGGGAGGGGUGGACUCCGCUCUGCUCUAUGCCAAAACCAUUUCCAAGUACAUGAAGGACCUGAUGAGCUACGUGGAGAAGAGAACUUCACUGGAGACUGAGUUCUCCAAAGGCCUCCAGAGAUUGUACCAGUCCUGCAAACACAGCAUAACACAUCCCCAAAUGCCCCUCUUCUCCAUCUACUCUCUGGCUCUGGAGCAGGACCAGGAGCAGAGUGUGGGGCUGCAGCAGGCCAACACCACCCUGCACAACCAGACCUUCAUCCAGCCUCUGAUGCAGCGUAAACAUGACCAUGAAAAGAGACGGAAGGAGAUCAAGGAGCACUGGAUUCGGGCUAAGAGAAAACUGAUGGAGUGUGAGGUGAACCUGCGGAAAGCCAAGCAAACCUACAUGGCCCGCUGCGAAGAAUACGAGAAGGCCAAAACGGCAGCCUGUCGAGCUGAGGAAGAAGGAGGAGGAUCGACAGCAAAGUCUGUGGAGAAGAAGAAACGAUCAGAGGAAGAGGCUCGCAACAAGUCAGACGAGGCGGAGGCCACCUACCGGACAUGUAUAGCAGAUGCCACCACCCAGCAGCAGGAGCUGGAGCACACAAAGGUCACAGUGCUGAGACAACUGCACGACAUCAUCAAACAGAGCGACCAGACCCUCCGCUCGGCCACUAUCUCGUACUACCAGCUCAUGCACAUGCAGACGGUAGCCUUGCCGGUCCACUACCAGACUCUGUGUGAGAGCAGUAAGCUGUAUGACCCAGGCCAGCAGUACGCUGCCCACGUACGAGAACUGCAGCUGCCAGGGCAGCCGGCUGUUGACUACACAUUUGAGAACUACUCUCCCUCCAGCUCAUCGUCACACCAUGGCCACAGACCAAGGAACGACAGUUUCAACACAGAGCAGUCGAGCCACACAGACAGUCCUACCAGCAGUGUGGAUACAGCAGCUGGAGAACACAGAGACACAGAGGCUCACCGCAAGAGGCUGGGCCACAAGUCGUGGGGUUCAACAGUGAGCGACGACAGUGUCGUAGGAGAGGGAGGCCUAGAGUCUCCUACUGCCAGCUCAAGUGACAUCAGUAAAAUUGUUCGGACAUCAUCCACUGGAACAAUGUCGUCCAAUGAGGACGCAGAUGACAAAGACGGGAAUGUGACCUCAUUUGAAGCGCCAAACAUGAACGGCAUGGAUCCUGAUGUGGUGGUGUCCACCAGACCUUUCCGUAACGUUGGCCUGUCUAAAGCAGCCCUGACCCACCGACUGAGGAAGCUACGGACUCCUUCAAAGUGCCGCGAGUGUGACAGCUACGUUUACUUCCAGGGGGCCGAGUGCGAAGAGUGUUUCCUGGCGUGUCACAAGCGCUGUCUGGAGACUCUGGCCAUCCAAUGCGGCCAUAAGAAGCUGCAGGGCCGUCUGCAGCUGUUCGGCAGGGACUUCUCUCAGGUAGCCAGCUGUGCCAGUGACGGCAUCCCCUUCAUCAUCACCAAGUGUAUCUCCGAGAUAGAGCGACGGGCGCUCAAGAUGAAGGGCAUCUACAGGGUGAACGGGGUCAAGACUCGUGUGGAGAAGCUGUGUCAGGCUUUUGAGAACGGCAAGGAGCUGGUAGAGCUGUCCCAGUGUUCACCACAUGACAUUAGCAACGCCCUCAAGCUUUACCUCAGACAGCUGCCAGAGCCCAUCAUGCUGUUCCGCCUGUACAACCGUCUGAUGGGUUUGGCGAAGGAGAGUCUGCAGGGUGACGCAGACACACCAGAGGGAGAGGAGGCCGAGUCGAACAGUAGCAUCCCAGGCAUGGGCAAGGGGCGGGAGCUGGUGGAUCUGGGCCCUGAUAGCGACCCAGAGGUCCUGGUCCUGGUGGACAAGCUGAAAGAGCUUCUGAAGGACCUGCCCAAGGCUAACAUGUAUACGCUGCGCUACAUUAUUCGCCACCUCCGGAGGAUUGCAGAGCUAGAGGAAGACAACAAGAUGAGUCCCAGUAACUUGGGUAUUGUGUUUGGUCCCUCCCUGAUGCGUCCCCGUCCGACCGGGGCCACGAUAUCCCUGUCCUCUCUGGUUGAUUACCCCCACCAGGCCCGCAUCGUGGAGACCCUCAUAGUCUUCUAUUCAACCAUCUUCCAGUCCAAAACCUCUCAGACCCACAAAACCAGUCGCUCUGCUUCCGUCUCCACUCAGCAGGAUAGUACUGCAGAUGAUAAGAUAGAGAGCUCUGCUGAUGGUGAGGAGGACGGAGGCAGAGAGGAGCCAAAUAAACCAGAAUCUGACAAGAUGGAGGAGGGAUGUGGAAGUUCUUUGGGGUCGCUGGGGUCUAGCGAGCAGCUCCCCGACUCCGACUCAGAGUUGGACGAGAGCGGUCAGAGGACUGCACACUCCCGCAGCCUGGAGAAGCAGGAGAGUGAGGUGAGCAUGGACGAGAGCGGUCAGAGGACUGCACAUACCCGCAGCCUGGAGAAGCAGGAGAGUGAGGUGAGCAUGGACGAUGACCAUCUGAGCUACAGGGACAGCCUGGACCUGUCCAGUCAGUCUGCAACCCAAACCGACCCGGAACAAGAAGCUGAUCAGGACCACGACGACAACCCCGACGACAACCCCGACGGAGCAGAGCCCCCCGCACUGCCAGACAGCGGGCCCCCAGAUGACGAAGCAGGGGCAGAGCAGGACCUGAGCACCUCUCUGGCCGAGCUCAAUGUGAACCAGUCCAACAACAACUACCCGUGCUCCCCCGUAUUAAGCUUGUCGGGGCAUCCACUGGCGCGUCUGUGUGGAAAGAAAUUACCCCUGACCAGAAACAGGGACAGUGAGCCUGAGUUUGUCUGAUAUAAUUAUUGAAAUCAUUGUGUGUGUGUGUGGAGUCUGUUAGUUUGAGUUGACUGACAGGAUGAUUGUUUUUUAUUCAUUAAAAUCCAGCAAAACCUGCACCUGAGAGGGCUAUUGUAUUGUGUAUAUCUUGAUUUAUUUUUUAAUGUGUUUGCAACUGUAAUGAUCUAUCCUGGCAGUGAAUCCUCUGCACGCUAAAUGCUGUUUGAUACAAUUUACUCCCGUCAUUUCAAGAGGUUUUGACUCCAAUGAUUUAAAAGUAUUUUUUUCAGUUUGUAUUUUCAAGUGUUUUACUUGUUGUUCUUGCAAGCUUGAGCAAAGGUGGGUAGCAAGCCGCAUCAGAAUGUGCAAAACAAAUUUAAAGUGCUGCUGGUUUUAUUUCAGCACUAAAAUUUUAAAAAUAAAUUUAGCAGUCUCUUAUAAAUGUUGCCUGUAUUUGCCUUGAUGUUUGGUCUAUUUUAAUAAACAUUUUAUUUUAA